ACAACCGUCAUUAAAACCUCCUUUUGUGUCACUUCGUGCACGUUGAUCGGCUGUCUUAAAUUGAACAGCUAAAGGGUAGUUUUGUUAUAAAACGUGUUGCAUUAUCACAAUAAUCAUUAGAAAAUGGCCAAAUUUUGCUUAAAAAAGAAUAGCAAGAGAGUGUCUGCGAGGUUGCGUUAUAAGAUAGAGAAAAAAGUGAGAGAUCACAACAGAAAGAAGAGGAAGGAGGCGAAGAAGAUACACAAGAGUGGUAAGCCGAAGACGAUAAACGUUCCACAGGCUUGCCCUUUCAAGGAUGAGAUAUUGCAAGAGGUGGAGGAACUUAAGAAGCGGAAGGAGGAGGAGAGGCUGAAGCAGAGGGCAAUCUGGCGAGAGGAGAGGCAGAAACUGAAGGAGUUGGAGGCCAAGGGAGGCCUUGAAGGUGUGGUCAAUAAUGCGCAGAUGAAACAGCAGAUUCACGAGAGUUUCAAACCUCUACUCCAAGAUGAACAGCCUGUCUUCACAAAAAAAGAAGGAUCCCUCAAAGCAUACUAUAGGGAAUUUAAAAAGGUUGUUGAAGCUGCUGAUGUAGUUUUGGAGGUGGUCGAUGCACGGGAUCCUUUGGGUACAAGGUGUAAGCAAGUGGAGGAAGCCAUUGUGGAAUCGAGAGGUCGCAAGAGGCUUGUCAUUGUUCUAAACAAAGCAGAUCUUGUUCCCAGAAACGUUUUGGAUCAAUGGCUUAAAUACUUGAGGGGAUCUUUCCCUACGAUCCCUUUCAAAGCGAGUACACAGACCCAGAACAGCAACCUCGGGAGGAUGAUGUUCGCCAAGGCAAAGCACCGUAAGGCUGUGAAGUGUCUCAAAGUAUCAUCGUGUGUCGGUGCAGAACUGCUAAUGUCUCUACUGGCUAAUUACUGUCGAAAUAAGGGUAUCAAAACAUCAAUUACAGUCGGUGUUGUCGGUUUGCCGAAUGUUGGAAAGAGCAGCAUUAUAAACAGUCUGAAAAGGUCCCGAGCUUGCAAUGUUGGUGCAGUGCCUGGAGUGACUAAGACAAUGCAAGAAGUGCAGCUGGAUUCGAAAAUAAAGUUACUCGACAGCCCUGGCUUAGUAUUUGCUGCUAGCACAGGUACAGAGACGGAUGCCGUCGUAGCUUUGAAAAAUGCUGUAAAGGUCGAGGCUUUAGUAGACCCGUACAUCCCUGCUUUAGCAAUCCUUCAACGAGCUACUAAAGAUCAGAUGAUGGCGCAUUAUGACAUAGGCAAUUAUGAAACACCCCAAGAAUUUUUUGUGCUCAAGGCAAAAAGACAGGGCAAGUUUAAGAAAGGAGGAAUUCCUGAUCCAGAAGCGGCUGCUAGGGGAUUGAUCGAUGAUUGGAAUAGAGGAAAGAUCAGGUAUUACACUGUACCUCCUGAAGUUGAAGAAAACCAUAUUAGCAGCACAAUAGUCAGCGAAAUGGGUAAAGAAUUUGAUCUAAACAGCUGUCAAAAAAUGGAAAUAGAUUUGCUUAACGAGUUAGAAGAAUCCAGGAAAGGGCAGGCUUUUCAGACGACCCCAACACAAAUGACUGUUGCCAUGGAGGAAGACAACCAAGGACUGCUUGGGAUCGAUGUCGCCAUUGGUGAAAAGAGGGGCGUUAAAAGAAAAAAUGAAACCGAUCUUAAAGAUAAAUCCAAGGAAAGGCUCGUCCCUCUUGACAACAAGAAACUUCAAAAGAUACAGGCAAAAAAAAUGAGAAAAGAAAAAGGAAGGAGAGAAAGGGAAGCUACAUCACUAGCAGGUGUAUUGGAAAACUUCAACAUUUCAAAUAGUGACAACUACAGCUUUGAAACAGAUUUUAAUGUUCAAUCGAACACAUAAAUAUUUUAUUCAGUA